AUGCCUGACUCGCUCGACCUCAUUAUGUGUUCCACCUGCGGAACACAGUACGAUACCACCUCUGAGUCCUCCUGUAAGAUCUGCGACGAUCCACGCCAAUACCUCCCUCCAACAGGCCAAUCCUGGACAACCCUCCGCACUCUACAAUCAACAAACCAGUACCACAACGACUUCGUUCCAGACCCGGACCACCCGGACUCCCUGAUAACCAUCCACACAAGCCCCAAAGUCGGCAUCGGCCAGCGCGCCUUUCUCUGUCGCACGGCCCACGGCAACGUCCUCUGGGACUGCCUCUCCUACAUCGACGAGGACACAAUCCGCCGGAUCAACGAGCUAGGCGGCCUCGCCGCGAUCGUCAUCUCGCAUCCGCACUUCUACGGCGCGAAUGUGCACUGGUCGGAGAUAUUCAAGUGUCCUGUCUACAUGGCGGCGGAGGAUAAGGAGUGGGUGAUGCGCAGGACCGAGAGGCAGGUUUUCUGGGCGGGGAGGGAGUUACGGAUUCCCUUGCCAGGUAAGGCGGAUGGGGAUGCGGACCUGGUAGCGGUGAAGACGGGGGGUCAUUUCCCCGGUAGCUCGGUGCUGUGGUUCAAGCCGUUGAGGAAGCUCCUGGUUGCGGAUUCGAUCGGCGUAGUGCCGAGUGGUGUGUAUCACAAGGAUCGGGUGCCGGGUACGGCGUCGUAUACGUUCAUGUGGUCGUAUCCCAAUAUGAUUCCCCUGCCGCCUGACGCGGUGCACAAUAUCUGGAAAGCAAUCAAGCACACAGAGUUCGAUGAUGCUCAUGGUGCCUUUGUCAGUUGGGACACCCAUGGCGACAGCAAGAAGCGGGUUCUGGAGAGUGCAAAGAUCUACGUUCGGGCAAUGGGAUAUCUGGAUCAUGCCAUACACCAAGAACAGUAG